CCGGUUUUUCUUGGGUUAACCAUAAACCACCAUCAAUGCAUUUCUCGUUCCUGACUGCGGCAGUGUUCUUCCGUCGUCGUUGUCACCACCGCGUAACUUUUGCCGUUCAUAUAUAAACAAGCCUUGAUUGUUAAUUCUCCAAUGCCUCGUUACAAGGACGAAUCCCCUGCAGUUCGGGUCUACACUGUUUGUGAUGAAUCCAGAUAUUUGAUUGUGAGGAACGUUCCAGAACUAGGUUGUGGGGAUGAGUUGCUGAAAUUGUUUUCUUCCUAUGGAGAAGUCGAGGAGUGUAAGCCAAUGGAUGCAGAGGACUGUGAGAAAUACACUGAUGUAUUUUGGAUCAAAUUCCGCCUUGUCAACAAUGCCAGGUUUGCAAAAAGAAAAUUGGACGAUUUUGUUUUCUUUGGGAAUAAACUGCAGGUUUCUUAUGCUCCCCAAUUUGAGAGCCUGUCUGACACAAUGGAUAAGUUAGAGGGAAGAAGAAGGGAGGUUUUAGCACGAUUGAACCCUAGAAGAUCUAAAGAGACCACAGCCUCAAGCUCUAAGCCCCGGAUUACAUCAAAGACCAAUUGCUCACAACAUUUAGAUUCUAAUGCAAGGGAUGUAGAGCUCAAAGGAGGUUCACACAGUGGUAAUUUUCCAAUAAGAAUGGUUUCCUCUAAUGAGGAUUAUUUUGCUUCAAAUUCCAUGAAUCAAACAGUGAGUCUUGUGCGGGAUAAGCUUGAUAAGAUUCAAUCAAGUGGUGAGAAUACAAAAGCUGGAUCUGCAUCAAAGAAACAACGAGUUGAUAAUAGGAAGAGAAUUUAAUCUGCAAAUUAAUGUUUUGUUCUCACCUGCACUCCUAUGUUUUAUAUGAUUUUGGGUGUGAUAAAGCUCAAUCCCCAAGCCUGUAAGGAAAUUUUUUAUUUGAGGAGUCUCAUCCAAUUAUAUUGUGGGUCACAUACUCUGUUCCAAGAUAGGUUUUUUUUUUGUAUAAUGUUACUAACUGGUAGCGCAUCAGCAAUCCGUCCAGGUAACGGUGCUAGAAGCCUAGAACACUUUUGAAUUCCCAGUCACCAUGCAAUUUGUUUGCUAGCUUUUUGUUAACCAAGCCAUGCCUUAUAGGAAACCAUAUAUUGAAAUCGCAUGUAUAUUAUUUGAAAUUUUAAAUUAUAUAGCAAAUACGGUUUCCAUUUGGAUUGGUGCUA